AUGCCUGCGCUAUUCAAUCAUCCCCAAAUACAAUUUGGUCCUCUUAACGAGCCUACUUUCGAUAUCUCAAACGUAUUCAGAGAUGGAGACGGAGAGAUACCGAGUACAUUUCCGAUUGCUAUAUUCAUGUAUGGACUCGCAAGUGGGUUGAUCAUCUUCGUAUCAAUUUUUGGUCUUUUCUGUGUAUUGUUCAAUCGAUUUAUCCGUAGGGAAAACUUGAAGCUCGUAAGAUUUGGUCGCCGUUUCCCUGAUCUACAAGAAGGAGACAAUUUCAUCCUUGAGCAGGAAGAUGAUGUGAUCUACGAGGGUGUUGUGACUUGGAAUGAGUCAGGUUAUUAUGAGUUCAAAAGUAACGAGAAGAUGGAAGCAGAGCCAAUCAUCAUUCCUUUCUAUAAGUCAAAGCAGGCGGAGAUAGAGGACGAUCGAAAUAAAGCAAGGAGGGAAAUGAGAAAGGCGGAGGAGGAGCACGAGUACCAAGCUUUUAUGGGUAGAAUUUCCAUUGAAAACUUUGCUUCUUUUAUGGAUGCUGUCGAUGAUGAUGCUGAUGAUGAAGAAGAUGAGGAUGAGGAUGAGGAGGAAGAUGAGGAGGAAAAUGAGGAUGAGGAGGAGGAGGAGGAUAGGAGUUCCACAACAUAG